GCGGACGCCGCACCGGGGGCGCGGUAUUAAGUGGUGUGUGGGGCGACUCGUGGUCUUUGGACUCGGGGGCGCUGCUGAGAGCGGGAGGGGCCGAGGUGGCGCUCACGUUAUAAGCGUUAGUACUUUGCCUACGGUACCAGCGUUCCAUAUCUUUCUGUCCAAUCAGUGUCAAUACCUUUGCACGGCAUUAGUGUGCUGAAACCUUGGCACUUUCAAGUUGUGAAGCACCCGGCCCACUGGCGAAUCGGAUCUUCAAAGGAGAGCUACAUUAACAUAAUGGCGGUGCGCACGCAAUUCGAGGGUAACAACGAGAUUGGCGUGUUUUCCAACCUGACCAACGCCUACUGCCUGGUGGGCAUUGGCGGCUCGGAGAACUUUUACAGCCUUUUCGAGUCGGAGCUGGCCGACACGAUCCCGGUGGUGCACGCUUCCAUCGCUGGCUGCCGCAUCGUCGGCAACCUGAGCGUCGGCAAUCGGCACGGCCUGCUGGUGCCGAGCACGACCACCGACCAGGAGCUGCAGCACCUGCGCAACGCGCUGCCCGACUCGGUGCAGAUCCGGCGCAUCGAGGAGCGGCUGUCGGCGCUCGGCAACGUGAUCGUGUGCAACGACUACGUGUCGCUGGUGCACCCGGACCUGGACCGGGAGACGGAGGACAUCCUGGCCGACACGCUGCGCGUCGAGGUGUUCCGGCACACGCUGGCCGACAACCUGCUGGUGGGCUCGUACAGCUGCCUGAGCAACCAGGGCGGCCUGGUGCACCCGAAGACGUCCAGCCAGGACCUGGACGAGCUGUCGUCGCUGCUGCAGGUGCCGCUCGUCGCCGGCACCGUCAACCGCGGCUCGGACGUCAUCGGCGCUGGCAUGGUCGUCAACGACUGGUGCGCCUUCGCCGGCCUCGACACCACCUCCACCGAACUCAACGUCAUCGAGAGCAUAUUCAAGCUGCGCGACGAUGCCGCCGCGCCCACUAUGAGCGCCAUGCGCGACACGCUGAUCGAGAGUACCACGUAAAGUGGCGGGGCGGGACGGGCGGCCCGCGCGAACGGCCGGCCGCCGUGGUGGGCUUGCCCGGUGGCAAUCGGCGUGGUCCGUCUGCCGACGUGUCGGUUGUGUGGGCCAGGCCACGCGUGUGCCACGUGUGGGUGUUUGAGUGUGAGUGGAGCGCGUUUUCGAGGCGUUUCGGCGUGAGCGCGUAAGGCGUUUUCCGGCGACUGAUGUGAAUCCCGACGAGAGGUUGUUCCGAGAGAAGUUCUGUUAAUGACGGGUUUUCAGGGGAAGCGUGCUAAGCCAUUUGUGUAACGUCCGACAUGGGGUGAAAUGCCGGCUGAUUAUGCGUGGUCAUUUUAUUCCUUUUUAGACACUUCUCUGCAUUAGAACCUCUUUGACAUGACAUGUGUACACUCAUUAUUUCGCCUGGCAUGAGAAUGUCUGGAAAUACAAAAGUAAUGCUAUUUUUGGCCAUUGGAAAUGAAUAAAUAGGUAAACGA